AUGCGGGACUUGUCGGACCUUCUGACGGGGUCGCCGCUGCCAGAGGGGGGAGCCUCCGCGCGGGCGCGGCUGCGCGAUCUUGCGGAUAGCCUGACGGGCUCGCCGCUGGCGGGGCGGGGGCCCUCGCCCUCGGAGCACGAGCGGCAGGCUGGCGGCGCCAUCGGCGGCAGGAGCGACGGCGCGGCCGUUGCAUGCAGCCCCCUCCGCUCGGCGGUCUUCGAGCCCCGGUCAAUGGGCCCCGGCGCGAUCGGCAGGGGGCAGGCUGGCGGCGCCAUCGGCGGCGCGAGCAUCGGCGGCGCGGUCAGUGCCUUUGGAGGCAUCGGCGGGAAUCAGGCUGGCAGCGCCAUCGGCGGCCGGGGCGACGUCGCGGCCGUGGCAUGCAGCCCCCUCCCCUCGGCGGUCGUCGAGCCCCCGUCCAUGGGCCCCAGAGCGAUCGUCAGGAGGCAGGCUGGCGGCGCCAUCGGCGGCACGAGCAUCUGCGCGGCCGUUGCAUGCAGCUCCCUCCCCUCGGCGCCCGUCGAGGAGCCGUCCUCGGGCCCUGGAGCGAUCGGCAGAACCCCAGCUAGCGGCGCCAUCGGCAGCGGGAGCAUCGGCGCGGCCGUUGCAUGCAGCCCCCUCCCCUCGGCGGUCGUCGAGGAGUCCAUCUCGGGCAGUGGGGCGAUCGGCAGGAGUCAGGCUGGCGGCGCCAACGGCGGGAGCAGGAGGGGCAUCGGCGCGGCCAUGGCAUGCAGCCACCUCCCCUCGGCGGUCGUCGAGGAGCCCAUGUCGGGCCUUGGAUCGGCCAGAGUCGCGGCGAACGCAGGCAGGCCCCCAGUCAAGCUCAGGAACCCAAAUUUGCCCCUUCCCGCGCAGAGGCUCGCCAGCAGCCGACCCGCGGCCGCGGCCGCGCCCGCGCCCCCCCAGUCGGGCAGCGGCAGCGGCGGGAAGUUCUGCAUCUUCUUAUGCGGUGCCGAGCUGGGCGUGACGCGGUCACCUCUCGACCCAGAUCAGUAUAUCAUCGAGUGGGAGUAUCCCGACGGAUCAGUUGCGCGCUGUCCCGACUGCCAUUGCGUCGCGGAUUGCCAGGUCAGCAGCGAUAUCGUGCACUUGCUGGGACGCCAGCUGGAGCGCUGCGGGCCAGAGCAGCUCAAUUGCCCUGCGUGCCCGAGCUGUCCGCUGCUGCAGUGCCCCGAGCCGUCGCUCUCGCUGGGCGCCUUCAUUGUGGGGCUGCUCGUUGGUGUGCUGUCGGCAGCGACCGCUGGAUUCUUGUGGAAGAGGGCCGCGCGCGCGCCGAGGGCCCUCGCCUACUACGACCCGCGCGAUGACUACUGGCACGAGAGGAUCAUGCUGGCGCACAUUCAGGACUUCCGCUUCGUGGUGCUCACCGCGGACUGGGACAUCUAUGAUGAAGGCAUGUCCCAGGCGCUUCGCCUGCUGCCUCUGGGUCCACGGGGCGGCCUUCCCGUGCCGAGGCCACAGGGGCACAUCCUGCGGGUGGACAACGCCCGCCUCAGCAUUGAGCUGCAGCAGCUGUGCGACGAGGCGGCGCAGCUGGCCUUGGACAUCCGCGAGGAGGAGGGCUUGCCGGCCCCAGCGGCGCCCCAUGGGGUGCUUGCCGACGGCGAGGCGGGGGCGCUUGCCGAGGCGCCGGCUCCUGCGGCGCUGGCGGCUGCCGCGAGGCCCGCUGGGCCAGCGGUGGGUGGCGCGGCCGCUGCCGGCGCCCUGGCGGCGGCGCCGGUCGCGCCGCACAGGGCACCCGCGGCCGGGGCUCUCCUCGCCCCAGCCCCGCCGCGGCCCGCAGCGCCGCCAGCAGACGCGGUCUGGCUCGCGGCGGAGACGCGUGGGGGCUUCACGGCCGGGGCCCCUAUCCCGCCGGGGCUCCUCGGCGCGGAUGGCCAGCCGCAGGUCGUUCUGGGCGACCGCGGGGUCGUGGUGCUGGCGUCAGGCGUCUCACUGGCGGUCGCAGUGGCGGACACCCUGGAGGCAGGGACGGCAGCGCUCUCCAGCAGUGGGGGAGACCUUCGCACGCUGCCGGUGCUCUACUCACCAGCUGGUGGCCGCUCCAGGUCCUUCCACGACGCCGUGGCCAAGAUGUCCACCACGCCCUUCCCAGACUGGCGCAUCAAGGGGCCGAGGACCGCUGCCUGGCUGCUUGAGAAGAUCUCGGAGGCGGGCUACACGCCGCUGCAGAGGCAUUUCUGGUGGCGGUCGAUCCAGGGGCUCACAGCUUCCGACUCGGGCGUGGACGACCACCACUUCAUCUCCGAGGUGCUGCAGGAGCUCACCACCUACGACCAGCUCAACGCUGGCGAGCUGGUGGUGGUGGAGAUCCUCUGCCGCCGCUACCAGCUCUGGGAGGAGCUUUACGCCUCGAGUCUGCGCGAAGCCGAGGCUGGCCAGGACGCUGCACCCUGGCUCGAUGAGCGAUCCAUCUUCCUCGGGCAGGACAGGAGCCGCGGCUCAGCGCUUGUCUGCCCCGCCUUGGAGAGCUGGGUGGCGGAGAAGCUCCGAGAGGAAAGUGCCAUCCUCAAGGAGCGCAGUUUGCAGGGGAGGCGAGGCGUGCUGAACGAUGCCACCUCGCUGGGUUUUGGCGAUGACAGUCUCACGCAAAGGGACGCGCUGCCCAUCCCGCUCAGCUUCGAGGCGCUCCAGUGCUUGAAGGGGUUCUCGGCCCUCGACGGCGAGCUUUCGCUGGGGCAGCGGCGCAAGGCCGCGCGCUGCAGGCGCCAGGAGCGCUGGAUGCUGGAAGGCGUCUCGGCGCUCAACGAGCUGGGCGGGGGUGGUCGGUUGGCUGACAGCGGCGGGCGGCUUAGCUUGGCGCAGCGCUCCGCGUUGCAGCAUCUGGGUGAGGUCUACGCCGCGGUCCCGCCGAAGACUGAGGAUUGCACCAACCAGGAGGCGUUUCAGGCGCUUCUGGGGCUUCGACCUGGCUAUGCUGAUGAGCCAGCCAUCGGGGCGAGAGCCGGCUACCAGCGCGGGAGGGUCUCCCUUCCUUCUGGCGGUGCUGGGCGUGUCGAUCUUGUUCGACUACUUCCGCCGCCCCUGCAGUCAGCGCUGGAGUCCGGGCACGGGUUAUUGCGCUCGGAGCAGGAGGCUUCUGCUGCUCUGGAGGAGGCUGACGUCACGUGUUACGUCGACGGCAAGCUGGCCCAACGGGGCUUUGACUACGGACGGUUUCUGCUCGAGCUGUACGACGCAGGGAUCGUUGAAGUUUUGGACUAUGAGUUAGAUCGGAAGGAGGAGACUGGCGUCUUUUUUGUGCCUCGCAAAGAUGACAAGCUGAGGCUUAUCUUUGACACCAGGAGGGCGAACUGUCACUUCAGGACGCCCGAUUACACGCACUUGGCCUCCGGCGACGCCCUCAGCAGCUUGGAGUGCACGCCCGGCGAGGAGGUGCACUUGGCGGCUGGGGAUGUGGAGGUGUGCUUCUACCAGUACGUGCUGCCCACAUGGGCCAGGAACUACUUCUGCCUGCCGAGCUUGGCGACUCGCAUGCUGCCUGCCCGCCUGCGCGAGGCUCUGGGGCCUGAGCUUGCGGCGCGACCCAAGAUAGCCUUCCGUGUGCGAGUUGUUCCCAUGGGAUGGAACUGGGCCGUCCACUUUGUGCAGUCUGCCCACCUGAACGUGUUGGCUUCGAUCUCUCCGAACAACCAGUGGCUGGUGGACAAGCAGCCUGGGACGUGCCUCUCGGACAGCUCUGCUGCAGCCAAGGUCUUGUACAUAGACAAUUUUGCGGCCAUUAGCACCAGUCGCGAGACAGCGUUGCAGGUUGUCAAUGACAUGCUGGGCUCGUUCACCAGUGAGGGCGUCAGGGCGUCGCUUGACUUGGACGUCGUCCUCCUCGGCUUCACGCUGGAUUCCAAGGCCGCCAGGUGGCGCCCCGCACCCAAGAAGUUUUGGAGGGUGCAUGGCUGCAUCUCACACUUGCUGGAGCCAGGAAGGCGUAUCACUGGGCGCCAGUUGGAGAGGCUUGUGGGCCACGUGGUCGCGCUGCUGCUGCUGCGGCGUGAGGCUCUCAGCCUCCUCAGCGCCGUCUACGUCUUCAUCCGGUCGACCUACGACAGGGCGCAGCCGCUGUGGCCCAGUUGCCGACGUGAACUCAGGUGGGUGCUUGCGUUGUUGCCCACGGUGUUCGCCGACAUGAAGAGGCCUUGGCACGCUGAGGUAGGUGCCUUUGACGCGUCGCCUUGGGGCGCGGGAGUCUGCACUGCGCGCUGGCCUUUGAGCGCGGUGCAGGCCGCAGGCAGGCAGCCGGAGAGGCUGCGUUUCCGCGGGCCCCUCGCCUCAUUGGUGGCUCCGCGGGACGCUGCCCUGGCCGCUGACAGCAUCGAGCUCUCUGACCCCGCCGCGCUCCUGCUCGGCCGCGCGGCGGGUUUCGCCGAGGUGAGCGCAGAGCUGCUGCGCGAGGCGACCUGGAUCACGGCUGUUGCAUGCAGAUGGAGGCGUCAAAGUACUAUCCACAGGCUGGAGAGCUCAGCAGGGCUUCUCUGGCUGCGGCGCGCCUCUCGCAAUUCGAGAUGCCACGGGCAUCGCUUGCUGGGCCUGGGCGACAACAUGUCGAUGAUUUGCGCCCAUGAAAAGGGCCGUGCAUCCGACUUUGGUCUCUUGUCCGGCUGCCGUUGUUCCUACGCCAUAUCGGUCGCCUGCAAUCUCAAGGAGGUCCGCACGCUCCAGGCAGCGCCGCCGUUCGGCCAGCCAAGUCUGCCAGAGGUGGGAGGCGCUUCGCCGACCCGGAAGCGAGCCGUUGGUGGUGGCGAAUCCGCAAGGAUCAGAGCGCAGCUGCCGCCGCCUUCCGCCCAGGAGCGGGCCCGCUUGCUGCCCCGCCAGGGCUUUCUGGCAGCCAACAAGGUGCGGCCGUCCACUCAGGUGCUCUACCUGAAGGUGUUGCGGCUGCUGGCAGGCUGGCUCAUGGUGGACGCUCUGCCCGACUGGCCUGUGGCGGCCUGGGACGCAGCGCUGGCCGACUUCCUGCUGUGGGCCUUCGACCAGGGAGUGGCGAGGGCGACGGCUGCAAGGCUUGGCGCCGCGGUGCUGUGGGGGCUCCCGCAGCUCCACGUGGCGCCCUUGCAGAGGUGCUUCCCGCAGCUCGCGCACUCGCUGGCGGGCUGGAAGCGCCUGCAUCCACCAGGCUCUCGUCCGCCUCUUCCAGAGCUUGUGGUUCGCGCAGCGGCAGCUUGGCUUGGGCACCAGGGCGAGUUUGCGACCGCCUUGUGCGUCAUGCUGAUGUUCGAGGGCUACCUGAGACCCUCGGAGGCGCUGGCGCUGCGGGCCGCCCAGCUCACCGGCCCGUUCGGCUCGGCCACCAGCGCGGGCUCACACAUGUCGGUGGUGGUGCAUGCUGCAGAGUUGCAGCAACCGGGCAAGACAGGCGAGAUGGACCAUACCGUUGUGCUCGACCUCCCGCGCCAGCAGGCCCUGGCUUGGGCCUUGGCGCGCCUGCGCGACUCCCGCCUGGGCUCCUGGCACCCGCUGUGGGACUUCGACUACAACCUCCUCCAGCGGCGGUUUGGCCAGGCGCUCGCGGCUGUGGGAGCCAGCUGUUUAGCAGGCACGCUCUACAGCCUCAGGCACGGCGGCGCCAGCCACGACCGCCUGACGGCCAGCCGCACGCUAAUGGAGGUGCAGCAACGAGGAAACUGGCGCGCCUUCAACAGCGUGCGGCGCUACGACAAGCACGGGCGAGUGGCGAUCGAGUGGAUGAAGAUUCCCGCCCCCCAGCGCCAGGAGAUCGAACGGUUGGCUGCUGGACUCGACGCCGCCUGCAAGCUGUACUCGCUUCAGCGGUGA